AGAGGAAGAGGAGGAAGAGGAGAAAAUCCAAGAAUCAGAGAACCUAGAUAGAGACCUCCAUGAGGAGAGUGAAGAGGCAGAGCCCAUGGGCACAACAAGCUCCCUGAAGAAGCAUCAGAGCAUGAAGGAGCUGCUUCUAAAUCCUCCUGAGCUCUGAUGCCAAGAGAAGAGAAAGAAGACAAAACCAUCCCUGGACUUGGCAUCCUUUCACUCUCCAGUAGCAGGGACAGGGGUAGAGGUGGAACUGGAAGAGGAUUUUGUCAGGAAACAUAAAAAACAGAAAAAGGAUAAAAGAUCAGAUCAGGAGUGGUCUGGGGAGCAGGAGCCUAGAGAGGUUCUUCCUGACCCUAUGGAGAAGGAGGAGGAAGAGGAAGAAGAAGGAAAAGAGGGUGAGCCCAUAGAGUAGGGACAGACAGAGGAGAAGCAGGAGCCCAGCAGUCUCAAAGACUCUGGUGCCAAAAAGAAGAAAAAGAAGAAGAAAAGACUUACAGAGAGGAGGAGGAGGAGGAAGAGGAUAGAACUGAUAACUUGCCCACUAAUGAGGCCCACAUAAAGGGUUCUAGUGCCAUUAGCAACUACAGAAAGAAAGGUCACAAAAAAAAGCCCAAAGCUGAACCUGCAGAACAUGUCCCACUACUUAGCAGCCCCAGGAACAUUGAAAAGAAAGGGAAAAAAAUCUAAGAUAUGGACAGAACCACUCCCUGCCAAAGAACCUGCUCCAAAAAAGAAAAAGAAGACAAUGACAAUGGCAGGUAGGAAAGUCAUGCAGGACCCACAAGGCUCAGGCAUGGUCAGAAGAAAGGCCUUGCAAGAAGAGAUUGAUAGCGAAUCUGGGAAAACUGAAGCUCUUGAAACCAAAGAGGAAGCGCCUACUAGGUUUGGGCAGUGGGAUCCUGAGACUUUUGAAAAUUCCGACCAAAAGAUGAAAUUCCUCAGACUUACGGGGGGCUUUAAGAAUUCUUCCUCGUCACUCAGCAGUUCCCCAGGUGCCCUGGGCAUACAAAACAUGGCUCUGAACAAGCAGGCCGCUGCCACCUUACAGCAGAAUCUACAAGUGGAAUUUGACAGAGCCAUGAGCUGGAAGCAACAGUGUGGAGUCGGUCUUGGCUAUUCAGCUUCUGCAAACAAAAACAAAUUAUUUUAUAUAGACAGAAAUGCAUCCAGAUCUGUAAAGUUUAAUGAUUAGCAAUGUCUUGUCCCU